UUCGUUGCAAGAUAUUGCAAAUUUUUAUAUAUCUAAAAGGUGAAUUGUAAGUGAAUUAUAGCAUCUGAAAGGUGAAUUAUAAGUAAAUUAUACGAAAUGGGAAGCAUCAGAGCAUCACAAAUGCUAACUAAUUGCACAAAUAUUAUCUUGUUCAUCAUGGUAACAACUUGCGCAGCUAUGCCAAUUCUUUUUCUAAAUCCCGGAACGAUGCUUGCUCAUCCAGCUGUUAUAAUUAAUACUGAGAUGGAAGAUAAUUUACCUUAUGAAUUACGAAAUAAUUUCUAUAAAAAUCCAAGUAUUGCUGCUGGUCUCGCUAAGGAAUCCUGGUUUAUUGAUAAGGAAAUGCAGGUAAUUGACCGAGAAGCGGACAAAAUCCCGAAGGAAAAAAUUUAUAAUGUGCUACAUAACGCUGGACUCGUUCGCAGAUAAUAUCAAGAUAAUGAAGAAGAAUUAUUAGCUAAUUUGAGUGAGAACACUCGUGUGCACUGGUGUAUAUAAAAGUCAUUAUACACAUACCGAUUUAAUCUGACAAUGAGUGUAAAAAUGA